UAUAAUUUAGAUAGGCCACUAAGAAAGAAAUUAGAUUAAAAGUAGUUCUGUGAGUAAUAAUUAAUUAGCAGAUUAAAAGUAGGAUAAUAUAAGUAAGUUUCUUCUAAUUUAAACAAUAUGGAUUACUUAGAAACAGAAAAGGACAGACUAGAGACUUACUAGUCUUAAAACGAUUAAGCUAAUUUAAGAAAGCAGGAUUAGUUGAAUAGAAAAUAUAAGUUAAGGAUUAAGUGUGAUUCGUAGGAGAAUUCGUUUAAUGAGAUGAAUAUUGUACAAAGUCCAAAUUAGGCCUAAUCUCACAACAAUAUGUCUGAAUAAAAUAAAUCUAAUUGCAUAAAGAAGAUUUAAGAUUCUGUGAUAUUUUAAGACAAAAAGGAGAGCGAAAACGCUAACAACUCCAUGAAAAUACAAGGAAAUAAUGAAAAUAAAUUAGAUGUUUACUAGAGCUCUUACUUUGACCCUUAAAAGGAAGUGUAUAUUAGUACUAAUCAAAGAAAAUACAAUCAUCCUAAUUAGAAUGGAGCUAGUCAUUAAGUGCCAUUUAAACGCAAACUAACCAGGAAAUCAGAAAUAUUUUAAAGCUAAGUCCUAAAUCCAUAGGAUAUUAGCACCAAAGACUCAGAGCAGGUAAUCAAGAGUCAGAAAAAUUUUCCUAAGAAGAAGCAGGGACCUAAUUAAUUCUCUUUGUAUUUUAAAACAUUAAAAGCAGUAAGACAAUUCAAGCUGUUUCUCAUCCCAAAAAGCAUUAAUAUAAGGAGCUCAAAAAUAAUAAAUGACGCUUCUCAUUACGUGGAAACAAAUAAAGCUUAAACAGCUUUUAAUCCUUUCGAAAUUAUGGAAAAAAUUUCAAAAUCAAAUUAUAACCUUAAAAACUUUUUUAGAGAACUAAAGAGCGUAUUUAGUGACACAAAAGUUAAGAUUUGUAAAUUCUUAGACGAAAAUAUCACUGUUUUAGAUCCUAACGGAUAUUUUAAAAUGAUUUUUGAUAUUAUGAUGAUAUUUGCUAUUAUCGUUUGCAUAUUCUUCAAUACAGUUGAGAUUUUCUUUGCUAUAGAUUUUUAUGAUUUGUAUGAAUACGGAUAUCCUAUUCUAGACUAUUUUUUAUUAAUAUUAUUUAUUUUAGACAUCAUACUUAACCUCAAUACUGGUGUUUUUAACGAAGGUCAGAUAUCAAAAGAUAGAGUUGAAAUAUUUAACAGCUAUUAUGAUGGUAGAUUAUUGCAUGAUACUUUAUCUCUCCUUUGUUUCAUCCGUCAAAGAAACCACCAAAUCGUUACAUCAUUUUUCGAUUUAUUUGUUUUCUUCAAGAUUGGGCAAGUUUCUUUAAAACUGCAAUAGUACUAACAAACAGCAGGUUCCAAUAUUAAAUACGCGAAAUUGUAUUAUUCAAUAUAACUGCUGAGACUAGUUUUAUUUGUUAUAUUUGUAGCACAUUGUGUUGCAGUUAUAUUCUAUGGACAAGUUAUUUUUGCAGAAUGGAUAAGCUUUGAUGAUGCCCAUAAUUGGGUGGAAGCAUCUACAGUAGUAACUCGAUCUGAUUCUUGGCUGAAAAUAUACAUAUUUUCUUUGUACUUCUCAGUAACUACAAUGACCACAGUUGGUUUUGGUGAUAUCACUCCUAAAAAUGGUCAUGAAGCAGUCAUUGUGAUUAUUUCUAUGAUUAUUGCAUGUGGUGUUUUCGCCUAUACUUUCAAUCUUAUUGGUUCUAUAGUCAGUGAAAUGAAUAGGAGAUAGGAAGAAUUCAAGAUUAGAAUGAAAAAGGUUUACACUUAUCUUUCUAAUAGAAAUGUCGACCAAGAUCUGAAGUAUUAAGUUCUCAAAUUUUUAGAAUUCAAGUAUAAUAAUGAGAACACUCUCAGUUAGGAAGAAGAAGAAGGAAUUUUAGACGGAUUGUCAGAUAACCUCAUUUACUAGAUUAAUUAUUAGUCCAAAUUCAAAAUUCUUAAUAAUGGAUUUGAGUUAUUCAAAUCAUUUUCUAAAGAAAUCAAAGAUGAGCUUUGUAUGAAAUUAAAAAUUAUUAGAGGCAACAAAGAAGAAAUUAUUUUCGAACAAGAUACUAUUUAGGAUGAUCCUUAGAUGUAUUUUAUCCAUCAAGGAAGUAUAGAAAUCUUUUUCAAAAAUAAACAAACUAAAAACAACAAAGAGUCUAUCCUUAAUGUUUUGAAGGAAGGCUAAUUCUUUGGAGAAUUAAGUUUUUUCACUGAUAAGCCUCGCUCGGCUGGAGCGAGAGUCAAGAGUUCUUGCAUCUUGUUUAGUCUUUCUAAAUCUGAUUUUUUAAGUGUAUUGCAAAAUGAUAUAUUUGAACUUGAGAAAUACCAUCUUCUCAACUCAAAGCUGUAAUUUAGUGAAUCGAAUUAGCAAAUUUCUUAAUAGUGUUAUUAUUGCAGCAAAGAGACUCACAUUAUAAAAAGAUGUCCUCAUCUACACUAUAAUCCUGACAAUCACUUAAUUAUCUUAAAAAACAACUUUUCUGUUACUUCAGUUGAAAGAAAAAAUUGGGUCAGAAACAGAGAAAAAUCUAGGGCAUUCGAAAUCAUGUUGGAAGUAACAGAUUUAGUCUCAUAUAUGAAAAAGAAGAAUAAAUCAGAGUGCUAGUUAUACUCUGAUUAGGGAUCUUCAGAUGAGUACAUAACUUUUGAAGAUCAAGAUUCGUCCUCUCAAGAUUAACUCAUGUAUUCUAAUCACCACAGAGAAAUAAUUUAGAAAUUAAGAAAGAUGUAUAAUAACUAAGAAAUUACUGUUUCAGACUAAAAUUCUAAUAGCAAUUCAUAAAGUGAAAGUGAAUAAAAGCCCUCAAAAAGAGAUUCUUAAGAUAAAUUGAGCAAGACUAAUUCUAACAAAAUAAUAGAUAAUAAUGACGGAAAGAUAUCAAAUGUUGAAUAGAAAUCAGAAAAUCAGAUAAAAGAUGAAUUGCUUUCUCCUCCUAUUUACUUGAACAAACAUUUCUUAAACGUAGAAAAGUAGCAUUCGAAAUAGUAAAGGCACUCUCUUUAGUUGAGUUAAAAUCAAAAUUCUCAACAUAAUAGAUUGAAAAAAUACCAAACUUCAAACUUAACAUAGAUUUAUCAUAAUAUUUAUCCAAAAAUUAAUAUUUAAGAUGAUGAAGAUAAUUUAUAAGUUGAAUCAGAUAGCUCUAGCUAGCAAAAUGAUUCUAAAUAAGAUAAAAAAAAUUAGAAAUAAAUUGAAAAUUAAUCAUAAAGCUCUAAUUAAAUAAGCCUUCGUAAUGGAUAAUAAAGCUAUUCACCUAGUCUGAGAAUAGAAAAAGCAGAGUAAAAUCAAAAUAAACCCUACAGAGAAAGCUUUUUCUAAAAUUUCAAAGAAAAUGAAAAUAAAUCUAUAUUUAAUUGUAAAGAUUCAGCUAAUUUAAUUUAAUUACAGCCAAAUCAGUUUGGAUAGUAAUAAUUUAAUGCAGGAUUUUAAUCAAACUUAGAAAUACAACAAUAAUUAUAGAAUUCUGAUAUUGGAUCAUAGCAGACCAACAAUUUAGAAAAAUAGUUAUUAAGUAAUUAAGGAAUCAAUAGCUUAGAAUAACAAUAAAUUUAAAAUGCAAAUCAGCUCAAUAUUUAAGAAUAAAAUUAAACAAAUAAUGUGCAAAUUAUAAAUUUAUAACAUUAAUAAAUAAAUAAUUUAGAAAAAUCAUAGCAAUCUAAUUUAUUAUAAGAAUAGCAACUCAACAAAGAAGAUAAUCAACAAUAAAACGUAUCUCAUUAGCAACUCAGAUCUGAUAAUGAACAAUUUAAUUUAUUACAGCAGCAUUAAAAUAAUGAAAAUAUAUAUAAUAAUUUGUAAUAAAAUCCUUUUGAGGAUUAAAACAUUCUUUAUUAAUAAGAAUAAAAGCAAUAAAAUAAUUCAGUGAAUGGAAAAAUAUAAAUUUAAAAGCAAACUUAGAAAGAGAAUGAAGUAUUUUAAGAUUCAGAGAUAGAAGAGCUAAUAGAAGAAAAUGAUGUUAAUAUUGAAUUAAAGCAACCUGAUUCAAUGGAGGAAUUUUAGAGUAAGAAUAUUGGAAAUCUUUAAGAGCGUUCCAAGACUGCUUGGAUAGCUGAAAAUUAAAUUAAAAAUAAUUCUUAAAUGCCUAAGAAAGAUCUAAAAUCAUUUUAAAGAAGAAGUAUUUAGAAUCAUAUCGAAAGCCACAGAAAGUCUAAAAUGCUUAGUCUUCAAUAAUCUUUAGAAGUUUAUGUCUAAUAAUCUUUAUUAGGAGGAGCUCAUAAGAGAAAUAUGAGUUCUUAAAAUUAAAGUUUACACUAGAGGGAGUUGAGUUAAAAUAAAAGCAGUCUAAUAUAAUUGACUAAUAAUAAAAAGAGAACUUUGAGAUUCAGUAACGUAGAAACUUUUAUAUCUGUACCAGAUGAAGUUCCAUUCAGCACUCCUAUAGAUAAUGUCAAAAAUCCAUUCAACCAGAAAUAAGCUUAAAUACAUUAUAUAGGCUAACCUUCACCUUCGACUGUAUGCUACAUGCCUUCAAGCUUUUCUAGUUCUUAGCCUCUCAAAUAGAAAAUAGAAGCUAACUUAUAGAUUAAUGAUUAGAUCAUAGAAAAUGAAUAAUAAUAAGAAUAAUCAAAAUAUUAAGCUCUAAAUAAGUUAAAAUCAAAAGAGACUAACAAAAUACAACACGAACCACCUUAGAUUGAAGAAGAGCCUGUUUAAUAAGAAUUGCAUAAAGAAGUAAAGAAAUUAGCAAGAAAAGAUAAGAGAACCAAAACUCACAAUGAACAAAAUGGAAUGAUGCACAAAUUCCAAGCUAGAGAAUAAUAAAAUGAGCAUUCUGAUGAUAACAGAAAGAAAGCUGAGUCUUCGAAAAGAGAUAAGUUUAAAAAGCGCACUGCUUUGAUUCCGCUUUAAAACGGAAGAUUGAACCCUCUAAGAACUCUUGGUCUAUUUAGAGAAUAAAAAAAUAAAGCCCAUAAUAUUAUACCUUAGAGUCCUUAUAGUAUUGCUACUUCUUAAAGUCCUAAUAGGUUGAAUCCAUCAAAACCUGAGCUUAAUUCCAUAAAAGAUAAAAGUUUACAGGAAAGGGAAAAUCUUUAAGGCAGUUAGAUGAGAUUGAGCACUUUUAAAUUCAAUUAAACUACAGAUUAAAAUUCAAUUCAAAACUACCAGUAGCAGAAAGAAGGAGAAGACUAAAUAAAUAGAGAUUCUAUAAAGAAGCAAAUUCAAAUGCAAAGACAGUAAACUGUUCAAUUGCAGCCAGAUUUAAUGGAUGAAGUGAAAAUUGUUUAAAAUGAUACUCUUAUUUUUGAUAAAAUGAAAGAAUAUAAAAAUUAUUUCCCCUCCUUCAAUUUUAAAACAAUUUUAACAACUUACAAUAAACUCAAAAACAUUUAAAACAAUAAGCUUCCUUCAUAUUUCAAUGUCUAUUCUUUCUACAAUAGAUUCGAUUACAAAAAGAUCUACAAACAAAAACCCGUAAACAACUCUGUUUUGAAAAGAUCAGUAGCUAAUGCUUAGUGA